AUGUCAUCAGAAGAAACAUCAAGUUCAAAUCUUUUUCUCAAUGAAUUUUCUGAUGUAUCUUCAUAUAAAGAUACUGCAUGUUCAAUUGUAAUGAAAUUAAUACGUUCAUCAAAUGAUUUAUCUCGUGCAAAUGAUCAUGAUUUUUUGAUGAGCUUUGCUCCACUUCGUCGUCGAAUGGAUACAAUAGCUGAAAAAGUUUUACAAAGUAUGAAUUCUUUAUUAAAACAACAAAAUUUACGUCGUGAUUUGGGUAUUGUUUCAUGGAAAGAAGCUGAUCAUGAUGAUAAAAUAGAAAAAUUAAUUGAUAUGAAUGAUAUUCUAUUUGAACGAAUCUCUUCAUCUCUUGAUGAAGCAACAGGAUUAAAAAAACUUUCAUCGGAAGUAAAAUCCCUUGUUCCAUCGAUUCGUAAUGUUCCUGCUACAUGGAAUAAGACAGAUGGAUUUGUUUUACAAGAAAAUAUACCUUCAUUAAAACAACAACAAAAACGUAGUUCAAAUACAUUUUCAAUAAAUCAUCAACAAACAAAAAAUAUUCCUAAACCACAAAUAAAAUUUACCGACAAAGUUGAUAAUAAUCCUCAAAUUCCAUUUAUUCCGAAAAUUCGAAUAAAACCAAAUGCUAUAGUACCAUUACCAAUUAUGUUGUCACAAUUAGAUUCUCGUUCAUUUGACACACUUCUAUUAGAAAGACAUCCAGAAUUAUUACUUCAUCCAUAUUUCGAUGAAAUUGAAGCAUUUGAACCAAAUGAAAAUUUAUUAAAAGAAGUCAAAGUUCAGUUAUCAAAAUCACUUGAUGAAACAAAAUAUUUAUUUGUUGAUACACCUGACAAACUUAAAACAAUGAUAGAUCAUAUUGAAAUUCAAUCGGAAUUAGCAAUUGAUUUAGAACAUCAUUCUUAUCGUUCGUAUCAAGGUUUUACAUGUUUAAUGCAAAUAUCAUCACGUACAGAAGAUUUUCUAAUUGAUACGCUUACAUUACGUGAUGAAUUAAAUAUUCUAAAUAAUAUUUUUACAAAUCCAAAUAUUGUUAAAGUUUUUCAUGGUGCGGAUUCUGAUAUUGAAUGGUUACAAAAAGAUUUUGGUCUUUAUAUUGUUAAUAUGUUUGAUACACAUCAAGCAGCACGAGAACUUAAUUUACCAGGAUUUUCACUUGCUUAUCUAUUAAAAUCUUAUUGUGAUAUUGAUGCUAAUAAACAAUUUCAAUUAGCUGAUUGGAGAAUAAGACCUUUACCAGAAGAAUAUCUUCGUUAUGCUCGUGAAGAUACACAUUAUCUUCUUUAUAUAUAUGAUUUAUUACGUAAUAGUUUAAUAGAAAAAAAUCCCCAGUUUCUUAAAACUGUUUAUGAAAAAUCGAAGAUAAUUUGUCAAAAACUAUAUAAAAAACCAUAUUUUGAUGAUAAUGCAUAUCAAAAUAUUUAUUCAAAAUCACGGAAAACAUUUAAUAUUCGACAAUUAGCUGCUUUAAAAUCUCUUUAUUAUUGGCGUGAUAGAAUUGCUCGUCAAGAAGAUGAAUCAACUGGAUUUGUAUUACCUAAUCAUAUGCUUCUUCAAAUCUCAGAAAUUCUUCCAAGAGAACCUCAAGGUGUUCGUGCUUGUUGUAAUCCAGUACCAUUACUUGUUCAACAUAAUUUACAUGAUAUACAUCAAAUUAUUUUACAAGUUCGGGAUAUACCUUUAAUUGAAGAACCAAAAGAACAACAAAUAGCACCAUUAACAUUACCUGCAUUAUAUGAUCCAGAAAAUGUUCUUAAUUGUCCACAUGAUACAUCACAUCAAGUAGAACAUCAGCAAAUAACAAACAUAAAUUCAAUGAAAAAAAUUCUUUCGAAUGAUCUUUCUUCUAUUCUUGAUGAAACAUUUAUUGAAGAAUCAAAUAAACGUGAUAAAUUAAAUGAUUCAUUAUUACCAAUUCAAAUUAAAACACAACUAUUACCAGUACCAAAUAUUCGAUUACAUAAAUUGACAAACUUUUUCGAUAUGUAUAUGCCUGAAUCAUAUCGAACGGAUUCUUUGACUAAAACAAAACCAUUAUGGACAAUUUAUUAUCCUGAUCGAGAUCUAUCAAUUAAUAGAAAAUCUAAUCAACAUGAUCUUAAUAAUCAGAAUGGUAUUAAUAUUCGUAAAGAAAAAUUAUCUGAUGAUAUUGAAGUUAUCAUGUUGAGUAAACAAUCGACAACAAAACGUAAAAGAAAAACAAUGAAUGAUGACAAUAAUAUUAAUAAAACUAAAACUAAAAGAUAUCGACGUGCUUGCGUUGCUGAUGAAGUACCAUCAACAAUUAUAUUAGAUAAUGAUGAUGAAGAAGAACCAGGAGAAAUUAUUGAUGAGUUAUAUGAACAAAAACAAACAUCAUUUCAAUCAUUUAAUUACGAACCUAUUAAUGAAAGUGAAAUUUUAUCAAAUAAAAAAUUCAAACGACCAGCUGAUGAUGAAGAUAUCUACGAACCGAAUCGUCCAACAAAGUCGUCAAAAGUCAAAACUCCAAAACGACCUGGUGCUCAACAAACAAAUAAAUCCUUAUCGUAUCCAUUUCCAAAAAAGACAUAA